AUGGACGACAACGGGGAGGGCUGGGAGGAAUUCGACGAGCAGCCGCAGCACCAACGCACUGCGGACGACUUGGCGGACCCAUUCGCCGAAGAGACGCUCGCAACUGCGCGCGCCAUACAUUCCGAUGACGAUGCGCUUCGCUACGACAGUGUGAAGGAGGUGACACUUCUCCUGCGCUCGGCGUACAUGAGCCAGAUGCUGCAGAAGCUGAGCGACUACAGCGAGCAGGAGGAGACAAAGAACACCAUCAUCUCAGACGACCCCGAGUAUCAGUUUGUCAUUGACUGUAGCAAACUCGUGCUGCGCAUUGAGGUGGAGAAGAGCAAGGCGGUGGUUUUUUUGCGGGCGCACUACAACCAGCGAUUCCCCGAGCUCCCCAUGUUCUUCUCCGACAGCGUGCUCUACGCCCGCGUGGUGCGCAUCAUCCAGAACACCAUGGACUUGUCUGCUGUGAUUGACCGACUCGACGAGUUGGUGCCGUCUCAGCUCACUGCCGUUGUGGUUGCGUGCGCCUCCACCACGACGGGGCGGGAGCUGAGCGAUGAUGAGCUGCAUCGGGUGCUCGAGGCGUGUCAGGAGAUUGACACGCUCGAGGCCGCCAAGCAGACGUUCCUCGAGUACAUUCAGCGUUCUAUGCCGCUCAUCUGCCCGAACCUCUGCGCCUUUUUGGGGACUGGCAUCACGUCUCAGCUGUUUGCCAUCGCCGGCGGCGUGCGCGCGCUGUCAACGAUGGACCCCGGCGAGUUGUCGCGCCUCGGCAGCACGCGCGCCGGUUCCUCUGGCAUUGCGUUGCGCACAACCGGCUUUCUCAGCAACUCCGACUUUGUCGUUAACCACCCACCACAGCUGCGGCCCAAGGCGCUGCGUCUGGUGGCGAGUACUACCACGAUGCUUGCGCGCAUUGACGCGAACAGGCGGGCCGCGAGUCACCAGGAGGGCCUCCGCCAGCGGGAGUUGGUGCGGCUAAAGAUGUUGUCAUGGUUGGACCCUCCAGUGCUGCGCGGGGCUGCGAACAAUACGUACGAGCGCCGUGGGAGGAAGCGGCAGAGGCGACCGACGAGAUAG